UCAAUGGCAAGAUGGCAAGAUAGUCACUUCAGCUAGCUAGGUAGUUAUAAACAAACGGGCUCACACUAUCACGUCGUGUACAUCAGCCGAUAUAGCAGCUUUCAGUAAUGUUCACCUCAAUAACAACCGUUUGCCUCAGAAAAUAUCUAGCUCAUCAACAGUGUAGUGUCUACGUAGGGAAGAAGCUGGUCACUGAAUACAAGAAGGUGCUGUACUACCACUUCAAAAGAUGUGAUUUCCUCUCUGGAGCGAACGAGUCUUUUUCGGAUUUGGGAAAAUGCCGUUUUCAUACAUCCAGCAUUAAGUAUGGAAGUAAAAAUUUGUUAAAGAAGUUUGCAAAGAAGUCGAAAAAGAAACAGUGGUAUGAAACCCCGGCUUUUGUCCCCAGACAAAUGUCGCCUUCCUGGCAAACUGGUGCUUCGCCGCCUACCACACCAAAGAAGAAUCAAGAAAGCAGUCUACGGACGAGAAUCUUGGACACGAUUCUAUUCAAGGCUAUCAGCGACUUCCUCAAUUCCCAUGAAAUCAGUGAAGAAGUGUACAACCUCUCAGUGGAACUUUCUAAAGUUUCUUUGCCAGCUGAUUAUUCCAGCUGCCGCGUUUACUGGAAGACAAGUGGGACGUCUGAGGGAGACAGUCUUAUUCAGCAAGCGUUGGACAAGAGCGCCCGUCGCAUACGGUACCUUCUCAUUUCGCAGCAGAUCCUAGGCAAUGUUCCUCCUUUGGUGUUCAUUAAAGACAAACAGUACGCCGCCCUCACAGAGGUGGAAAACCUGCUCAAGUCGGUCAGCCUUGGCCAAGAAGAACACGGACAGGGGAGUAAUCACAGUGUGGAUGACCAAGGGAAAUCUGCCGAUGUGGCCGACUCCUCAGGACAGCCUUCCACAAAGAAAAGCAUGCCUCUGUUUGGCAUUGACCACGAAGCACUGAACAAACAGGUACUGCAGUACAAGCAGAGGUCGAGGGAAGCCUCUGCCGACAUCCCGCCACCAUCGCUAACACAACAACAGCUGGACAUGCUGGCAGAACUGAGGAAGCAAAAACUGAUGUUAAAGAAGAGGAAAUCCAGACAGCCUGUUGACGAUGACAUCACCCCCAAGGCUUACCUGUUGUCCAGGUACAGCCAGGGGCACGACAGUGACGAAGACGAGGUUUCGGAAUAUGAUGGUGAAGAAUCGCAGGUGAAGGAGCUCAUGGCAGAGGAAGACAGAAGGUCAUAACUUCAGACUGCAGAAAAUGUAUAAUCUCAUUAAAAUGAAUUUGUCUGAUGUUUUUGUCUAAUGAAUGCAUAAAUGUCUUCCUCCAUUUCAAAGGAAUUGCAGAAAAACAUAAAACCAAAGGUUUGGGGAGAAAAGCUACAGUGCGGCUGUAAUGGUAUCAGUUAUGUACUGAUCAGCUUUGGCACUCAGAGGAGUCAAGGGUAAAAU